CUUCAUGCAUCUUUGUAAUCUUUAACAUUGCAACAGCAUCGCUUUUUCACUCCAUACCCAAGAACAUUAAACCUGUGGACAAUCAAACUUCUUGUCUUCAGUUUUGUGUGAGGGAGAGGAGUUUAUCUGACUGUCAAUACGAACACCAAGGCUUUGUUGAGGACAGUACACUCGGUUACCAGGUUACAGGAGUUUUCAUGAAGAACUGGGACUCUCUGGAUGAGAGUGGAGUGUGUACCUCAGAGAGAGACUGUGCAGAUGCCUAUAAAGUCUGCCGAAUGCUGGACAUGCCCUUCCAUCAGGUCUCCUAUGUCAAAGAGUACUGGCAUGAAGUGUUUAGUAAUCUUCUUGGUGAGUACCAGAAAGGCAGGACACCAAAUCCAGACAUAAUUUGCAACAAACAUAUCAAAUUCAAGCACUUUUAUCAAUACGCGGUCAAUGUUCUAGGUGCUGAUGCCAUGGCAACCGGUCACUAUGCAAGAACGUCUCAGGAAAAUGAGGAGGUUUUUCAGCAGACAAGCAAACCAGCUCUGGAGUUUCUCUUUAGAGAUCGUUUGGAGAUCAGAAAUCCUGUUAGGUUGUACCAAGGUGCUGAUCGCUUUAAAGACCAAACAUUCUUCCUAAGCCAAAUCUCCCAGGAUGCCUUGCGGCGGACCAUUUUCCCACUGGCUGGACUCACGAAGGAAUUUGUUAAGAAAAUGGCAGCUGAGGCAGGGUUCCAUCACAUACUUAAGAAGAAAGAGAGCAUGGGGAUCUGUUUCAUUGGCGAGCGACAUUUUGAGGAUUUUAUCCUCCAGUAUUUAGAGCCUAAACCUGGACAUUUUGUCUCCAUUGAAGAUGGGAAGAUAAUGGGGAAGCAUAAAGGUUGGUUCACGUUUACUUUGGGACAAAGAGCUCGAAUAGGAGGCCAAAAAGAUCCUUGGUUUGUGGUGGAUAAAGACAUCACUACUAGUGAAAUCUUUAUUGGUCCUACUACCAACCAUCCUGCACUGUUACGAGACACACUACAGACAAAUCGCUUCCACUGGAUUAGUGGAGAGCCUCCUGCUGAACUGGUGCACACACAGAUGAUGGACUGCCACUUCAGGUUUAUCCACCAGAUGCCUUUAACUCCCUGCUAUGUAACUCUGAAUCUGGAUGGAUCAGUCUGGAUAACAACAAAGCAGCCACUGAGAGCUAUGACCCCUGGACAGUUUGCCGUGUUAUAUAAGGGUGAUGAGUGUCUGGGCAGCGGGAAGAUUAUUCGACUGGGUCCUAGUGAACACACACUCCAGAAGGCCACAGUCAGCAGGCACCAGAGUCCGUCAGCUGAGAUGAGCCCCCCUUGAACCAGCACACGGACUCCCUUAAUGUUCACAUGCUACCUCUAAGUGAAUUCUCACCUGUGUCUGAAGAGGAGCACAAAAAUGUUUGUGGGGAAAAUUGCAAAGACUUUUUUAAUGCUUAAUUAUGAUGGAAUCUACCCAGAAUUCUACAUGCUGCAGUGUGCUAUGUGAUUACAUUUAUGUACUGCUUAUCAUAUAUUCAUAUUAAAUUAAAUUAUGUUAAUUAAAUGAAAGAAAUGGGAACAAUGUUUUACUGUGACAGGCUGCCAAAAGAUAGCGUUUAAAAAUUGGUUGUUUAUGUAGCAGCAGCAACAUAAUUUACUCUUUCGUCUGUUCCAAACACUCAGCAUUUAGUAUCACCAUCUGUCAUCUGCACCUGUUUCUCAUUGGUCCGUGCCUUAAGUUAGCUGUUUUUAUGCUUGAAUUAUUCAUAGGUAACUGUGUGGCUUAACAAACAAACAAAAAGUCCUAUAAAACCGGUCAAGUACAAGGCUCCAUUAAAAAUACAAAAGGUGAAUCAUUUUUCCUUUAGGCUUUUAUAGUUGUCUGCAUUCAUUUGUCAUAUAAUUUGCUAAAAUAAUACAAAAAGCUUUCUGUUCUUUUAUGUCUUUAUUGAACUCAGCAUUCAAAAUGGUAGUGGAAAAAGUAAGUGAA